AUGAAGGAUCCCAUUAUGUUAAAUGAGGGUAAAAUGAGUAGUCUAACAGAUGUCCAUGAAAGUCUAACCAAAAUACAAGAUGAUAUAACUAACGAUGUGGUAUUAAAUGGUUUUGAUGUAGAAGUAAAACAAUUUCUCAAGAGUCCAAACAGUGGGUUAAGUAUAAGACUAUAUUCUAUCGUUAACGAAUGUGCCUCAUUAUGCCAAAAUAAUUAUUAUUCAAGAUUAUCCAUAUUUAGAGAUUGGUUUGCUUUUGACAAAUCUAAUAUCAACGAAUUAUCAGAUAUCUUUGAGUCAUAUAAAUCAUUUUUGCAAAUAACAUCGACUGUCAUUAGUUAUUAUAUCAGUUGCAAAUAUCUCCUCAUGAUCAAUAAUCUAUUGGAUUUAAAGAUGAAAAUGAAAGAUUUGAUAUCGAUAAAUAAGUUGAAUAUUCUUUUGGAUCUUAUACGGCUGAUUAAAUUAUCUUUAGAACAUGAUACUGGUAUUCAAAGUUAUUUACAGUUGGAAAGCAUGUAUGAUACAUUACUAGUAAACUGGUCAUACAAAUUAGCCAACAAUAAUGUACAAAAGAAAUCUAUACUAUCUUCAUCACCCAUGGAAACCACAUUAUCACCUUCAGGGUUACCCAAUAUAGUUGCUACAUUACCCGAGGUACCCUUCGAUGAUGAUGAUGAUUUAUUCCAUGGUCCUCACACUUUUAAUUCAGAUUCAUUCAGAAGAAUUUCAGACGUUUCUAUGGCAAAUUCCAUGGCAAAUUCUUUAUCCUCUUCUUUAACUUCUUAUUCACCAGACUCACAUUUACAGACAAAAUUUAAACAAUCAAAAUUAACAAAUACAUUCAAGCAUUCUUCUUCUGUAUCACCUUCUACUUCUAUGUCUUCCUUAAGAAACGAAAUGCCUUAUCUUUUAACGGCGUUUGAUAAUGUGAAGCGAUUAGAGCAAGAUAUAAAUGUUUUACAAUAUCGUAAUAUUCCGACAAAUAAACAUACUUCAAUGUCAAUAACAACACCUUCGUCUCCAACCAAAUCACUUUCUAUAUGUUCAUCUCCUUUGAAGAAUUAUUUUAAUUCUCCCUUAAGAAAUUCAAACCGUACUAAUUUUUCUCACCAUAUUAAUACUGAAUAG